AUGUUAACUAAAUCCACGCCUAGCAACGGCAUAUCCCUCCGGUUUGAGGCAGAAGAACUGGAACCCGACAACAAGUUCCAGUUGAACCGUAAACAACGUCGUGACCUCGGCCACCUCAUAAUUACAACUCCAGAGACAGAGCGCCCGAUAACCCUGUUUUGUAAUGGUCUUACCGUUAUUGGAAGGGGGCGAAACACUGUCCUACAGGCAUUAAGGUCUGGAUUGUUUGAACUCGUGCAUUCUAGCAAGGAAGAUGCAGGUGUUAUCAUGCUGCCAUAUGUCACAUCUCCUCGAAAAGGCCAGUACAACAUACUCUCAACGUCAUUCCCACAGCGUCGGGAAGUAUCGAUUAGUGUAUUGACUGAAACAACGCAUGUUGUGUGGAAAGAGAUCUUGCAACCCGGCCAUACAUACGGUUUACGGCUGGCUGAGGAAGCUGGCGAAGUGUUCGCAUGUUAUGCGGAUGAGCUCAAUGGCAAUCCCGAACGCCUCACAUCAGCGCAGAAGCUGCCCGUUGAUCGUGAAGAUGGUGGCACAUACUACUUCACCGUCCACGACGACCCGGCACCUCCAAAACUCUUUGCCAGGUUGGAGAUGCCCAAAAAAGCUCAUCUCAAUGGUCCAGAUCCCUUCACCUUCGUCAUCGAAUACACGACCGACAGUCACAAGCCCUUCGUCUUCGAAAAAUCACGCUCCCCACUUUCGGUCACCAAGUUCUGCUCCGGAGACCUGCACUGUAUCGACCAACUAAUCGAUUGUCAGGACAAUGACACCGGGGAGAAGGUUGAAUGGGGCGCCGUCUUCGUCUGCUGGGACGGUGAUCCACAUCCGAACUUUCCGCAUGAUAAUGAUUUCGUGGAGAUCUCAGCGAACAGACCGUGGCGAUUUGAAUGCACAUUGGAGAAGCUAGGUAACGAAAAGGAGUAUGUGCGCAGUAUGGAAGGGCUGAAGGCUGAUCGUACGUAUAAGGCUCGAGUUGGUGGGCCUUCGGGCUUUAGACGGUGGCAGUACGGAAAGAAAGAGGACUUGCUGGCUGGCACGCUAGAAGACAAGAUGAAGAGGUGGGAGGUAGACAUGGAGAAGUUCAGUCGCUUGGACGUGGAAAGAAUCGAGGAGGACCUAUAUUUUGAGACUGUUGCAUGA